UCAAAAUAGUGUACACUUGGCGAUUUAAGCAUAAAUCAACGAAACAUAUCAUGUCGCCGUCAAGCAAGCACCUUUCCAGCAUCAUUUUGUGCACCGAGCGAAAGGAAUCGUCCGUUAGAAUAAGGUCUAGAAAUCCAAAAUGAGCAUCAAAUAGCAUCAACCCGACUGGCGAUGGAAUUAAAGCCCCCUAACAAGCAUUACAAGGGCUUUUAACAGAACAAACCGAAGGUAGCUUAACCUUCAACGAUACAUAUCAUGUAAAAGUCUGAGAAUGAAGUGAAGGGAAGUGUGCGCAUCAUCCGCAACAAAUGCAUAUCAGCAAAUUGCCUCGUGGUAACCACAGUAAACUAUAGCGUCGGUAGUGAGCAAAUCCGUUUUUUGAUAAGUAAAUAGUGUACACCCCAAACCAAAAGAAAGCUUUACAAAAUUUUAGUGUAAGUAAACGGUUAUAUGAAAGCAUGAAAGUAAAGUUCGUAGUAAAUCAAAGAUCUCAUACAUAUCAAAAUCAAAGUGAGCGUGAAGCGUUGAAGUGAACAAAAAACGAUACCAGUUAAGCGUUUAUACUCGUUAAACCCCUGUGCGUAUGCAAAUUGCACAGCAAAAGGUGUUACUGUGUCAUCCGGUGUAGUUGCGAUACGUGCUUGAAACCCGAACGGCACACGCGGUGAAGCCCCGACAUCAACAGCUGAACUACUGCAAACCCGGGGAACAAUUUUGGAGUCCUUCCUGCCAGCCAACCCACCCACCAACCCCGGGCAAACCAAACGAACAUCCCCUCCCUCCCGGGCCAUCCGGGUAGCGGUAUCGCGCGAUGCCGCUGCACCUCAUGCAUCACGACGGCAGCAGAUGGCACUGUCGGAAACGGAAAUAAUAGAAGAUCGAUUUUGCUGUCACCGGGCGGCACCGUCGGGUCGGUGCCGUCGCCGUUCGCACCAUCGCCCGCACCGAUGCCCACGAAACGACGCGGCGACCAAUUGAGGGAUUGUUCCGUCACCUUACCAUUGGAUAUUCUAUGGUUACCCAAAGCGGCUAUGAGGCCCUUCGGGCCAGAUUCUUCACACUCCGACUGCGUCCUCGUGGUAGGCGUAUCGAGGCCUAAGCUGGCAGCGCUCUUUCUCUCGGUGAUGCUGCUGUCGCUCUUUCUCACGUUUCACAUCCUGUACGACAGUGCGGUGUACAGCAUACAGGCGGCAACUGCAAUUUCGGAGAACAAAAUUUCCAUCCUAACAAAUCACAUACCCAAUCCACCGGUGAUCAAUCAACCCGUCGUGUUUCCGAACCGAAUACACUUUCCCAAAACUAGCCGUAGGUUACCACAAUGUUUAAUAAUCGGAGUGAGAAAGUGUGGCACACGCGCCCUGCUCGAGAUGCUGUACUUGCAUCCAAGGAUACAGAAGGCCGCCGGCGAGGUGCAUUUUUUCGAUCGCGACGAAAACUACCUGAGGGGGCUCGAGUGGUACCGGAAGAAGAUGCCACACUCCUUCCGUGGCCAGAUAACGAUCGAGAAGAGCCCCAGCUAUUUCGUGACACCCGAGGUUCCGGAGCGGGUCCGAGCGAUGAAUGCGUCCAUCAAGCUGCUGCUAAUUGUAAGGGAACCCGUAACGAGAGCAAUAUCCGAUUACACACAGCUUCGAAGUCACGCAGCAACGGCAACACUACCCCAGCAGCAGAGCCUCUCGUCAACUUCGCCUCUGUCGAGGUCGUUUGAGGAGCUGGCCCUUCUGCCGAACGGUACGGUCAACGAGGCGUACCGACCGCUAGCCAUCUCGCAGUAUCACGUGCACGUGCACCGGUGGCUGGAAGUGUUCCCCCGCGAGCAAUUACUGGUCGUCAACGGUGACCAGCUUAUCGACGAUCCGGUUUCGCAGCUGCGCCGAAUAGAGGAUUUUUUAGGCAUCGAGCCACGGAUCGGUAGCAAUAACUUUUACUUCAACGAAACGAAAGGCUUCUACUGCCUGCGGAACGAGACGGGCGACAAGUGUCUGCGGGAGACGAAGGGCCGGAAGCACCCGCGCGUCGAUCCGGUUGUGAUAUCGAAGUUGCGUAAGUUCUUCGUGGAACACAAUCAAAAAUUCUACGAGCUCGUCGGCGAGGAUCUCGGCUGGCCGGAAGAGUAGGCAUGCGGCGGCGGUGCCGAGUGUGUGUAUGUGUGUGUGUGUGCUUGCCGAGAGGAUGCACAUCCGCUGCAACAGAGUGGAGGCAGAAGAAAAAAAACCAAUCGGACAAGUGGCUGGGUAUACAACAAACAACAAACACGCAUACACAACUAAACAUGUGAGACUGAAUCGGAGCGGAACACCGGUGGCGGCAGGUAAGCGAAGGAUGGAUUGGUGAACCGAUCGAGGGGGAAAGUUGCGGCCAAUUUACUUCGAUUUUAACACAUCACCCUCCCGUCCAUCCAUCAACGGGUGGUGCAACGGGAAUGCAGCUGUUUGCGGGAGAAGAGUGUUUUUUGUGUUACUUUCCUUCCGUUCCGAUAGGUUCGAUCUGCGGCAAAACUUCGCAACAAUGCAAUGGUUCGCUGAGAUGCGGGGGAGGAAAGGCUCGCAAGCAAAGUGAGCGCAAGUUGUUUUGUUGUUUUGUUAGUGUACGGUGGCUUUUGUUCGGUGCUCAAAACAUUCUGCAAACACACAUUAGAUAGGAAUUAAUUAAAACAUUUGCCUCCAUUGUUGCUUGCAGCAUACGAGUGGAGCAGGGUGGAGCUAAAAUGCAGUCGAUGAGAAGGGAAGGAUGAUGUAUUUUUGGUUUUGAUGAACUCUUCAUUUCAAAUACUUUUUGUUCAAUUUAAACAUUAUUCAACCGACUCUUUCACGGAAUUAAAUGCCUCUGCAACUUUUUUGACCCAGGAACUCGUUGUUUUACAGUCAUUGAGGAUAAA